AUGAAGACCUCGUGGGCCUUCUUCGUCGUUGCCUGGGCCUUGGCUCUGGUUGGUGCACCGGUCCUAACAUGGGCCCAUCCAACCAGUGUCGUCUCUUCUGCCUCUGCCUCUGCCCCUGUCUCGGUCUCUGUCCCUGUUGAUCUUGCUAUUGACAACUUGUCUCUGGUUCUCGACGCCAAACGAGAAGCAAUGCCGGUGCCUGCUACAACAACAACAACAACAACAACAACCAGGAGGUCCAGCACUAGAACUAGCACCAGCACCACCAGGAAAGCAUCCAACAUGACCAAAAAGACCUACGCGCGCACCACCAUCGUCACCUCCACCGUCCACCCAACCACCACGAUCAGCAUGGUCUACGCCAGGCAAGCGGAACCGGAAGACACCACGACGACGACCACAACGAGCACCACGACCACGGAUGUCUCCACGACCACGGCUCCCUCAACCACUACCACCACGACGACCACCAUCUCGGGGUCUGAGUCGACGUCUUCCCCAUCUCCAUCGUCCUCCUCUCCUCCCACCACAACAGACGGUGAUGCUGACAGCACGACCACAACCACAACCAUGACAACGACAAGGGUUCCCUCCUCCUCCACCACUACGACCAGGAUUCCCUCUUCCUCCUCUUCUGCAUCCCGACUCUCUUCCUCCUCUCGCUCCUCUUCGUCGUCUUCCUCCUCCUCUCGACCACCAAGAACAACAAUACCCCCAUCCCUGAUCGCCUCCUACACGCCCCUACCGUCGCCCCCACCGCACAGCCACUUUUUCGAAUGGCCCGCCCACCCGGACAACAACACGGUGCGCUGCUCGAAGCCGGACCAACACGCCAAAUUGCGCCCAGGCCAGGACGAAGCCCCGCCCAGCGACUGCCUGCUCGGCUGGCUCCGCGGGACGGUGCUGUACACGGACGUCAUGGGCCCAGACAUGCCGUUGGGGGUGGACAAGUGGCGGUUCCGACCGUGCUGUGCCGCGCACGAGGCCUGUGUCCUGGACUGCACGGAGAACAGUUUCCGGCAGUGCAACAACGACCUGUACAAGUGUGCCUACGAGAUCUGCGAUGCCAUGCCGGAAGAACUGUAUACCGAACGCCCGGCCAGGGCGUUGUGUUUCAACCAGAUGGUCGAGUUCAAUUGGAUCAUUCGCGCCCGCGAGACUUCGAUAUGGUACAAGCAGGUGAGUGAGGAGAGAUGUUAUUGUGUUGAUGAUGGACUUUGA